AUGGCGCAAACAAGCGCAGCCAAUUCAAGUACAAUGAUCAUGAAUGAUGUAUUAUCUGAACUCGGUUGGAAUACUGGCGUACAUUUACCAAUUGCAACAAUUGAAAAUCAACAGUUACAAAGAGAAUUGGAACGUUUAAUACAUGCACGCGCUGCAGCCAAUACACAUUUAUUACAAACUCGAAAUAAACGGCAAGAGCUUGAAAAUCAUAGCAAACAUUUAUCACAAGAACAACUUGAAAUAUCAUCAUUGUUAACCACACAACGAAGUACAAAACAAGCUGAAAAUGAUCAAUUGGUUGUAUUAGAUUUGGAACAUAGUAAAUUAUCACAAGAUAUUAAAGAGUUUAAAAGAAAAGAAAAAGAUAUAGGUGAUCGUGAAAAUAAUUUACGAAGUACAUUAUGUAAUUUAUUCAAACGUUUAGAAGAUUUGAAAAAAACUGUAUCGUAUGAUACAGAUGCAAUUCGAUUAUGGGAAGAUUCAUUAUUAAAAACAGAAGAAGACAAUGCCAUUAUAAAAAAAUUUUCAGAACAAGAUCAAAAUAAGGCAAAAGAAUUAGAAUUAAAACGACAAAAAUUACAUAAAGAAUUAGAUUUAAGGCAACGUACAUUAGAUAAAUUAUUAAAUGAAACGAAUGGUAUUGAAGUGGCCUUAAAUAAAUCACAUCAAAUGUAUUUGGAUGCAAAAAAGGAUCGAACUAAUUUAUUAAAUCAAUGGCAUGAAACUGUGCAGCAUUUAAGACAGCGUCAUAAAGAUAUGCAUUUUAUCAAUAUGGAAAUCGAAAGAUUACGUGGAACUUUAGCAAAAAAAAUUGAAGAUACUGAAGAGCAAAAUACAUUCUAUGUGAAUCAAUUAAAUAAUAAUAAAGAAACUGAAAAACAAACACAAGAUUUAGCCAAAGAAACAGCACGUUGCCGUGAAAAACUAAUGAAUACUAUAAACACAGUACGUGAUGUUAUGAAAGAAUUACAUAUUGGAAAAUAUGAACUAGCAAGUUUAGAAAAUACAUUACAUCAAAGCCGUACAAAAUGUAAACAACUUGGAAACGAUAUCUCACAUAAAAGAGAACAAUUGAAUCAAACGAAUAAUACGAAUCAACAACUAACAAAGCAAUUAGAAAAUUUAAAAAAUAAAAAAAUGUCAACAAACGAACGUGCUCGUGAAUUACAAAAAAUGGUUGAUAAUACACAAAGUAUUUUAAAUGCAUUAACAGUUGAAACAGAACGAUUACAAAAGAUUGUAUUUCGUUCAUCACAACAAGCAAAAAAACUACAGGAUAUUGAUGAUGCAUAUCAAAUUGAGAUACGUGGCUUAAAAUUGGGAAUUGAGCUUAUGGAAAAACAAGAGAAAGCAUUAGAGAGAGAAGUACAAGCUACACGGGAAGAUGUUUAUGAUUUUGAUUAUAAUAUAUUACAAAUUGAAGCACGUAUUGAAAAUAUCGAAGGAACUACUAAAGAUCAGUUUAGUGAAGAAUUGGAAGAAAAAUUACAAGAACUACUAGCUGUAUUACGAGAGAAAAAUAGCAUGAAACAAACAUUAAUAAAACAAAUGUCAUCGGUUCAAGAUGAUAUUCGACGUUUCGGUUAUCAAUUUGCUAAUGAUAAUAUUGAAUUGGCAAAAUUGCAAGAAACAUUACAUAAAGAACUAAAAAUGGUUGAAGGUGGCAAACGACAAGUAAAAGCUGGUCAAAUACGUAGUCAGGAAAAACAAGUGGAAGAGAAUAUUUUAAGAUUGCGAGUAAUGCAAGCUCAAAAACAUUUAGAUAAUAUUGACGAUUCGUUGUACACUUUAGAAAAACAACGCAUUGAAAUGGAAACGGCAAUGAAAGAACGACAGAUCGAAAUUGGAAUGGAAAGAGAUGUUUUAGCGUUACGUAAACGUAAUUUACUAGAAGAUAAAUCAAAUUUGCGUGGUGAAAUUCAAGAACGUUUACUAAAAAAUGAACAGUACAAAAAAAAAUUCGAAUACCAAGUAUCACUGUUAGGUACUGAUGAUGACGGAAAACCUCUAUCACCAACAUACUUCAAAUUAAAAAAGACUCAGGAGCGAGUGUUAUUACAACAAGAGGGUGAUGAAUGGGAUUUAAAAGUAAAACAAGCUGAACAGGAAAUUGUUGCAAUGGAAAAUACAUUAAAGCUGGUCAAUAUCAGUAAUGAUAAAUUUAAAAUGAGUUUACAUCCUGUUGAAGAAGCAGGGCCAGAGGAAGAAGAAUUUAAAAAAAUCGAACAAGAGCAUUAUUGUUUACUGAAAAAAUUACGUGCAACGCAAAGGAAGCAAAUUGAGUGUUGCAAAAUAAUCGAGAACUUAACAGGAGAAAUGAAAAUUGUAGAUGAUCAUUUACUAAAAUUUUAUAACGAAAAAUCUCGUCUUGAAAAUGAUUUAGCAGCAAGCGAGAAAGAUAUUUCUCUUCAAGAAGAUCGUUUAACAAGAGCAAGACGUACGUUGAGCAGGUUGUCUGCGAAAGUUCGACCCACUCUACAGCAACCAUUUGAGAGAGAAAUUUCAGUACGUAAUUUAAUCGAAAAUAAUCAAAGUGCAAUGCAACAAAUACUUGAAUUAAACAUACGACAUCUAGAGACGAGUCCAAAUAUUACACGUUUAUGUGACUAUUAUCGAAUUUCACUGCCCGGUAUAGAAAGAUUUCGGCCAAUUCCAAGACGUUUAUCGCAAUUAAGUUUACCACCACCCAUGUCUGCAGAUCAAUCAAUCAAUCAAUCAACUACAAGUGAAACAACAAAUUCAAUUUAUAAUGCAGCUAGAUCAUUUAGCUCUCUUCAAAGUGUUUCUACAACAAAUAUUCAAUUUUCAUCGAGUGGUAAACCCACUUCAAGCGGUGGUGGUAGUGAUUUUAUCAUGAGAACCAUGACACAAAGAGGAUAG